AUGCCUCGAUCUCGGUAUUUGCGGGGGACCCCGUCCCCUACUUCCUCGCGCCCUCUGCUCCAGGGAGACAAGGAGGCCGGGAAGUCUGGCAGGAAAUCGUCUUUAGCGGGCUCCUUCCAUCACUUUGCUCGAGCCGCGUUGCAGCCACUGAUCCGUCGUCCUCCAGACGAAGCAGAGGGUAAUAUAAAGCCCGUCGUUCCAGGUGCGGCAGCAUCACGAGCAAGUACUAGGAGCAGCUCACUUCCAGUCCGUUCCAAGGGUACCAUUAAUUCGAAGCAGUCCUUGGGGCUCCAGUCUGCCCGGGUGAAGUCCCCUGAGCCUCCCCUGCCUCCGUUGCCAAAGUACUUGGCCCGUGGAACGACUUCCAACAUUCCAAAGCCAGUCCAAACUGCUACUAAUUCCAACACCACUCUGCGCUGGCCAUUAUCAGGCGACGACCAGAAGGAGAACCAGACACGUUCUCAGUCAGGCGUAAAGCCUUUUAUCGGGUAUAAGGACUUAAAGGCUUUGCGUGGAACUGCCGAUAUGAAAGAAAAGGAGAGCCAGGCUAACGAGGCCCCCUUAAACCCUUCACCUGAGUCGGUUUCUGAUACCUCCUCUCAGUCCACCAUCAAGGCGAAUUACAAGACGGGCCUUCCACUGCCUAAGUCGGCUUCUCGCUACUUUCCAUGGCCGGAGAGUAUUGCAGCCCAGCAGUCGUCCGGCCCUCCACUCAAUUCUCUUGCUGAGAAUGAGGGAUACAAUACCACCACUAUGCAAAUGCCAAAGGACAUGCAGCAAAUGAUUGAUGACUGCGAAAAGGGGUCCGUCGAAGCAUUCAGCCGCAAGCCAAACCUAGUGACUCCGCGCCAACUCCCCAAGAGCAAGACUAUGGGGGAUAUUCAUCGAAAGUCGGAUUUUGAAGUUGAGCCUUCAACGUACCCCGCCCGUAAAGGGGCCAAGUGCUACUGCGAGGACGCUGAAGCAGACACCUUAUCUGUCGAUAGGUUCGGGCGUGUUUCCCAACGCAUUGCCUCCGUCGAAGUCCCAGCUUCUAGUGACAUCGUUGAUAUCAAAGUAGUCAGAGUUGCGAAGCCAUACGGUUACUGGCUCGGAAGACUAGUCACUUUGUCAAACAGUUUCCAUUAUGAGGGGGCAUUCAACAAGCCUGACCCUUUCACCGGAUAUGGAAUCUCCGGCAACACCCUCGAAGGGAAAGCUCCAAUGUCCGUCAACCUGGAUGACUACUAUAUCAAGCGGGCCUUCAUGGUCUUGGAGAGAGCCUGUCUUACGUCUGAAGCGAGUGCCAGCUUGGCUGAAUUUAAAGCCGCCUAUUCUCGACGUUUCGGCCGCAAAUUCUCCCAGCGCUUUGCCACGGAAAUCGAGAAGGGUUGCCCCAAGCCCGAAAAAGAGGGUGGAAAGAGUGAAGCCGGUGUCAUGGAUAUUCUUCGCUCUGUCAAAAAGAGCUUCGGAUAG